GCUCGUGCUGUGGGAGCAUGGGCCCGUUUUCGUCGACGAGAUGCUGGCAUACAGGCUGGCAUUGCGCAUGUUGGGGCUUCUCCGGAUUCGAGUUCCUCAGAACAUGCUGGCUUUGCACACAGUGGGGAUGCUCCGGUUUCGAGUUCCUCAGCUUAUGGUGCUUCUGUUCCACAGCCGGUUGUUGGUGCGCCGGCUGUCACUUCUUAUGUUCAUCCGCGGGUGCUUGCCUGGUCGGCUCGGCUGGCUGGCUCCACCCGUCUUGCUCAGUGUCGAAAGGGGGCGCGGCUGGGUCGCCGUGCCGCUGCGCAACUCUGGGCUCUUUAUGGCAGAGGGCGUCUUCGUUCUCCUCGUGGGCGACUUCCCUUUGCUGGUGCUUUGGUGUGUACAGGAGGGCGGCCUGCUUGUCAACAUGGCAGCGAGAGAUGAGGCUGUUGAUGAUGAAGCUGGGGCUUGCAAUGCUUCGGCUUGGUGCUCCGACCAUGGCGCCGGUGGAGGAUCGGCGGUGGGAGCUUGUGGUGGUAUUGGGGCCGGGGGCGCUUUGGCUUGUGGCUGUGGCUGCGGCGCUUUCGCUGAGGAUGGAUGUGGAGCUGGGCCCGGUGCCGCUUUAGCUCCCGAUGCUGGUUGCGAUCUUCUUCGUGGCGGUGCUGGCCGUGAUCCGCUCCGUGGGGGCGCCGGCGGCUCCAGCGCUACGCGCCGCAAGCGCACGGAGAAACUUUUGCAAGGUCUUCAUGUGCUUCUUGAGGACUGGGGCAAUGACGAGGAGGCCGAGCACGGAGCUGAGGAUGGGGCUGAGGAGCUUUUUCGUCAGCUGGAGCAGUUGCUGUGGGAUCGUCCUUCGGACCCUUUUGCUGCGCUGCAGCGCUUGAUGCUGGCCUGGUCGGGUGAGCGAGCUCCACCUGCUGCUGAGGACUGGUCGGUGCAGACGGCCAAGAAGCAGGGUGGGCAAGGGCAAGCGCCGCCCCCUCGCGUUCCCCGUGCUGCCGGCAAAGGCUCAGGCAAGACUUCGGGCAAAGGUGCCGGCAAGAGCAAAGGUGCGAGCGGCAAGGGUCAUGCGGGUGCUCCGCGUGAGUCGGCUGCCGAUUCCGCUGCAUUGUUUGCACAUUGGAAGCCGCGGCCUCAGGACUGGUCUCCUUCGCCGGUCCUUGUGCAGUCUGUUGCCGACUUCUUGCAGGACACUAGGAAGGAUGCUGUUGCUUUGGUGACCGAUGCUAAUGAGCUGGAGCGCUUUCGCACGGUUGUGCAGAGCUCUGACUGCGGACCUGACCUCACGCUCUUGGUUCCCUCUGCCCUCCUGAAAGCCGAGAGAGAGGAGUUUACCGAGGCCGAGUGGCAAGUGCAGCGAGUCCCGGGCGAUUGGCAGGGCCGGGUUCGUGUCGUUUCGCUUGCCGUUGCUCACUUUAGUGAUGAGGCUCCCCGGCUGAAGCCCGCGGCUUCUGCGCCUCAGGUGCCAACGCCGCAGCAGACCGUUGUGCUUCGUGUUCAUGCAGACUGGGUCUAUGCUGGACUUGCUGAGCAAGCUUGGAAUGGGAUGACUAAGGCGCCUGGGGCUCACUUUCGGAAGUGGGCUGAUGCCGCCUUCCAAGGAUGCAAGGACACUUGGUCCUGGAGCCUUGUCAAGGGCUCAACUGUUGAGGGCCUGUGCCGCGUCAGUGCUAGCCGGGCCGCGCUUGCCAUGAGCAUGUCUGGCUCCCGUUGCGCCGGCAUGCGGUGGUUUGUGUCCAACGUGCAUCGCGAUCAGGAGCUCCCGACUGUGCCCGGGCUUACGGUACAUUGGGUUGACUGGGAAGAAGGUGAGGAUUGGCCGGCUUAUGUUAGUCGGUGCAGCCGUGGUGCCCAGCCUGCUGACUUUGGGCUUGCUCGUGGGCAUCGGCAGCUUGGUGUGCGCAAGGCCUCCACUCCUGAGGACCUGGCGCGGCCCAAGGUUGUGCGCAGGAGAUGGCGGGCGACCGGUGUCCCCCGUGAUUGGAGUCUUGAGGACAUUCAGGGCUAUGUGACGGGUGUGGGUUGGAGAAUGUUGAGAUUGAGGAGAGGUCUCCCUGGAGAGGCACCUCUGCUUGACCUUGAGGACGGUGCUCUCGAGCUGACGCGUCUUGGUGGUGACCGCCCGGUGCGCAAUGAUCGUGCUCUCCCUCUUGAGCUCAAGCAGGUCUUCAAGCCUGCUCGGCAGGGUCCCAAGGACCGGCUUAAGUCUGAGCGUCCUCGUCCUGCGCGUGCUGGCGCUGAUGCUGAAGAGCCGGAGGGGAGCAUGGCAGUUGAUGCUGGCAAUGACCGCCCGAGGUUGGAUGAUGGCAAGUCCCUGCCGGCUUCUACUGCUGCUGUUGGUGGCCCUCACAAGCGGCCGCGAGCCGAAGCUGCUGCUUCCACACUGUUGCUUCCCGGCGGGCUGAAGCUAUGCGACAAUGCCGGCCAGGGCGAGUGCCUCUUCUUGGCCUUGGCUGAUACGCUUCAGCAUCAGGGCCGCUCCAAGCGGAGCGCUGCGGAGUUGAGGAACCUGGUCGUGACUCAUUUGAGGAGACACAAGGCUACUUACGCUGGCUUCUGGCGGGGUGACGCGCCGAGUGCCGAGCAGGAGCCCAUGCUCGAUGAAGGUUUUGAUGCUUAUCUCCUUAGGCUCAGCAAGCCUGGGGCCUGGGCCGGCAGCAUCGAACUCGCCGCGGCCGCGGCUACACUUGCGCAGCAGAUCUUCGUCUUUCGGCCGCACCCCGACCGUGCGGGCGAGUUUGACAUCCGGGUCUUCGGUGCCCCUGGCUCCAAGACGCCUCUUGCCCUUUGGUUUCGAGAUCGUCACUAUCAGGCGCUUGUGGGCGAAAGCGCUGACCUUGAGAGUGCCUCUGCGGGGGCCGUCAAAGCUGAGAUUGGUGACCCUGCUGAACGUGGUGGCGCUCCUUCUGCCGGGCGAGCUGCUUCUUCCUUGGGUGGCCGGACCCCUGUCUCGACGCUUGGUGGUUGCACUGCUGGGCCUGCUGCCCCCUCUUCCGUUGGUGGCCAGACGCGGUGCUCCCCUCCGGCUGCCCCCUCUUUGAUUGGUGGCAAGUCGCGGUGUGCUUCAGCUCCUUCGCUCAAGCGAGGCCGGGACGUUGUGCCUGCAGGUGCUGCCGAGGCCGAGGAAAGUGAGCCGGCUCCGAAUAAGCGAGCCAUCUGCCAGCGUAGGUUUCGUGAGAAUCCUUUGGUUCGCGGAGGCAGGCCUCGCUUCGAGUGUGAUCUCUGUGAUUUCGCCUUUGAAGGCUCCAGGGCUGCGGUUACCAGUGCCAGGCACCACCACCUUGUCCGGUUUCAUGACGGCGUUGGGUUGCCUGGGGCCAUCAGGGUAGACUAUGGUGUGUUUCGGCAACUUCGCAAAGAUGAGUGCACUGCUGAGCGCUACAAGUGGAAGUGCCCGCUGUGUCGGUUUGGGCUGCCUGAAGGUGUUGAGGUGAGCAAGCAUGCCAAGGAGGUCGCGACCGCGCGGCACAGGCAGCAGCGGCACCCUGGCAUCACCAAUGCCUCUUUCCAGCAAGCCGCGUGUCAGCAGGCCCAGGCUCGCCAGCGUGCUUUGGCCAGGGGGACCAAGCAUGGCUUUCCCGCGGAUCAACUUGAGAGCCUCUUCCAGGAGGCGUGCGCAGCAUUGGCCAAGGCUGCGCCGCGGGUCCAGGCCGUGGCUUCGAUCUUUGCUGAUGAGCGCUUGGCGGUGCUUGCAUUGCAGGAGAUUGAUCUCAAUGCUCACUCACUUGGCAAUGUCACCGCUGGAGUGUGCUCCUGUGCACUUGAGGGUAUUGCCGAUCCAUCGCGUGUUGCUGCUGUCACCACUGAGCUGCGGUGUGGUCACUCGAUUCGCAAGGUUGUCUUGUGCUCUCUUUACGGCCAUGCCGAGGAUGUUGAGGCGGCUUCGGCCCUUGCUCGUGACGUGCUGGUGCAGCUGAAUGCUUCGGGCUUCUCCUGGGUUGCGCUGGGCGAUUUCAAUGUGACGGUCGAGGAGGCACCCUGGGCAGGCACCCUUGCUGCCCUUCCUUUUGCCAGGGUUCUUGACAACGACUUCCUCGAGUGCGGGCCCUUGCCGGCCACCUCCCCAAGCCGCAUUCGGAGGAUCGAUUACGCUGUGUCUUCCAGAUUGGUCGUUGCCACGGAGGUUUGCGGCUUUUGUGGUUGUGCCGAUCACCUGGGGACGGCUUACACCCUUGACCUUGAGUCCCCUGCCGGCUUUGUUCCGCCCGCUCGCUUGGCGUUAGCUGAGGUCGAAGUUGACGAAGCGAGGUGGGCUCGCAUCUGGCGUGCUCGAGCUCGCAGCUUUCGUGAAGCUUUGAAGGUCGACUGCACUGGGGCCUGGGAGCUCCUGUCUGCUGCUGCUGAGGAAGCGCUCGCUGGUGAGGGUGUUGAGGCUGUGCCCGGGGUGGUUGCGCGGCACGCGCUCUGGUCUCCUAGACGUCCCCGGGAUAAGCAUCGGGCCGCGGCUGGCGUUGAAUCCCUUUUGCUGGCUCGCCUCCGGCGCCUGCAUCGGCGGCUGGCGCAUCUUGCUCGGGUGCCCGCUGAUGCUCCCUUGCUUCGCAAAGUGCGGGGUGAUCUUCAUUUCGCUGCUGAGACCUUUCCGGAGCUUCGUGCUUUCGCUGACGCCAAUCCGCUUGAUGCGUUGGAGUCCGUUGCCGGGAUUGUUAAGCUUGUGGCUGAUGACGAGAGGCGGGCGGCCCUGCGGCGCUGGCUAGCCACCACUUCGGAUGACUUUGGUGCUCAAUGCUCCUGGGUCCGCCGCCGCUGUGCUUUGGAGGAAGCCGCUGAUCGGCCCUCUGUGCCUUUGGGGGACCUGGAUCCUCGGGUCGUCACUGCCCCUACUGAGGUGCUCAAGCAGGCCGAAUCUGAGUGGGCUCCUCGCUGGACGGCCCGUCGCGAUCGUUCCGAUGCUGCCGUGCUGCAUGCGCUUCGUGCCCUUCCUGAAGUUCCUCAGUGUGCGUGGCAAGUCACUUUUGACGGCCCGAGUCUUCGUGGCAUGGCUCGGUCCAUGAAGGGCAAGGCCCCGGGGGUGGACCAGUGGAGGGCUGAGGAGCUGUUGCUUUUGCCGCCUCCCUUCUGGCAGUCCUUGGCUGAGCUUUGGCAAAGCAUCGCUGACAGAGGCGACGUGCCGCGCCCUUGGCAGAGAGUGCGCAUUGCUUUGUUGCCCAAGCGGCAGGGAGGCACUCGUCCUCUCUCGCUCCUUUCUGUUGUUUGGAGGCUGGGUGCUAAGCACAUGUUGCACCAGCUCGAUGCUUGGGUGGGCCAAUGGCUUGACCACACUUCUUGCGGCGGUGUGCCCGCUCGGUCCGGCAAGGAUCUUGUCUACCAGCUCUUGGCCGGCAUGAGGGAGCAUUCGCAAUCUGCCGUGGUUGCUCAGGACUUGGCCAAGUACUUUGAUGCCAUUGACGUCAGAGACUUGAUGGUUGUGCUCAGGCGGCUUGCUGCGCCUCCCCAACUGGUUGCUGUGGUUCAGGCGCUGUACGAUGGUCAGGAGCGCCUGUUCAGCCGAUCGGGCUUUCUUUCAGGGAGCUGGGUUCAGGCUUCUAGGGGGUUGUGUCAAGGUUGCCCUCUCAGCCCGUUGCUGGCCGCUGCCGUGCUUCGUGGGUGGUCGGCGCUUCUUGGCACAGCUGGCGCUAGGGCUGCCUCCUUUGUCGACGACAGGUACUUUUGGGCGAGCAGCUCCGACACACUCUGCUCUGCCAAAGCCCUGGGCGACGAGUACGACACUGCCUUUGGUUUUCACUGUGACAGCAGGAAAUGUGCCAUCGCGGCGUCUUCGGCCUCUAGCAUUGCUGGUGAAGUCGCGGCCGUCUGCGGCUACUCUCGGGUUGAGCAGCUCACGAUCCUGGGCCUCACCCUUGACUUUGGGCAGGAAGGUGCUGCUGUGCCUGCUGCUUUCGCUCUUUGCCACGUGCGUCGCAGGCUGAGGUUGGUUGCUGUGCUUACUCGCAGCUUCAUCGCGCGCCGCGCGUUGAUGCGCCGCUUGGUCAUGCCGAUGAUCACUUGGGCUGGUGCCUUUGGGGUUGUUUCUGCCGAGGAUGCCCGGGCUCUUCGACGGGACUUUCUGUUCAGGGUUGGUUCUGCAACCGCGCGGGACAAGGCAGUUCCGCUCUGCUUGGCUGUCGUGGGCUAUGAGUGCGACCCGUGCUUCAUGCGCCACUGGUCGGUGCUGCAUGAGCUCAUUCGGCUCCGCUCUCGCACCCGUGCUUGGCAGGAUACUGCGCCGCUUUCCGUUGCGCUGAGGCCGCUUGGGCAGACCCUGCCGAUCGUCUCUUCGAUCCUGCGGGAGCUUGGUUGGCAGCUUUCGGCUGAUGAAAGGUCCUCCACUCUUGGCUCGCUGACUGACUUCCACCGCCGGGCUGACGUUAGGAGCUGCGGUAGGCUCAGGCUGGACUACCACCGGUCCGAUCAGGGCCUUGCGACAGGUCCGUCGUUGCCUGUCCCUGCUGAGCCGUUGUGCCUCUUCGCUGGCCACCACAAACUCUACGGUACGGGCUCUCGUGCGUUGGACAAGUUGUGCCUUGGCCAUGGUUGCUCGGCCUGGGAUAGGCAGAAAGCCCAGCACCUGGAGGUGCUGCCGUCAUGCGUGUGUGGAUUGGAGGCACCCAGCAGGCCUCACUUGCUGUGGGGGUGUGCCCACUUUCCUCAGUGCUCUGCUGCAGUGGGUGCGCCUCGCGAUCGCAUUCAGGAGCGGUUGCUUGGCUGUGCUGUCCCUGAGUGGCCUGCCCCGCCGCCGGUGAUUGACACUUCCGAAGUCGUCGAAGACCUUGCCGAGGCACUGCGCACUGCAUGGGUCCCUGAGAGGCCCUGGCUGCAUGUCGCCACCGAUGGCUCCUGUCAUGCUGAAGUUGCUUCCUUCUCUGUCGUUCUUGACCAGGGGACAGAGGUCGCUGCAGGCGUGGAGGGUGAAGACCAGUCUGCGUACAAGGCCGAGCUGAGUGCCCUUGCGCUGCUCGUCAGAGCUGCGCUCUGCCUCGAGGUCGUGGGCACACUGUGGGUGGUCGUGGAUUGCAAGUCUUUGCUGGAUGCCGUGGCGGGGCGCGGUUCUCUCAGCGCUCUGGUGUCGCAGAUCACUGCUGGCCUUGCCGUGCUGAAUGCCAGGGGUUUGCUUCUUAAGCUUGAGUGGGUUCCGAGCCAUGGCAAGCCCGCUGCUCUCUGCUGGGAGGUUGCUGCCUUGCAAGCUGCCUCGCUGGCGGCUGGCAGGACUUCGCUUGAAGGCAUCCUGUUGGUCGCAGUAACACAAAAGGAGUCUGCCGAGCCGGGCAACUACGGAGUCGGCUUCUCCCAAGCUGCUCUCUGCGUUUUCUUCUUCCUGCUCAUGUUCGGAGAGAUGGCUUGGCUUCGCCGGAGAUAUGCCUGGGAAGACAUUGUGUUUGCUGGGCGGGAAUUCGAGCAGAUUGCACGGAAAAACAACGGGUCUGAGUGGCGGGACAAAGCGGAGCAGGACGUAGGAGGGCGUGACAAGCUGAUUUCUCGCAUUUUGAAUGAUUUACAAGCUAAGUAUGGUCCAACAUGGAUGGAUAUGAAGGAGGAGGAUGUGGUUGUUGACAUGACUGAGGAGCCACAGGUCGUCGUCGUUUACGCUGUAAGCAGCCGGUUCCGUCUGAUCCUGGGAAUGCUGAACUGGCGGGUGUAG